AUGGCUACACAGCCAGUGGUUUCGUCGUUCCCUUCGGCGCCUUUCGUGCAGGCAGAAAAUCUCUCCAUCCUACAUGGCCCAGUCGAUCCUCCUCUUGUGGACCUCACAUUGGGCGAGCUUCUUGAACUUCAAUGCCAGCACCAUGGCACUCAGGAGUGCCUCGUCACCCCAUGGAAUGGCACCCGUUGGACAUACAACGAGCUAAAUCAGCAGAGUUCUCAGCUCGCCAAGGGUUUGAUGUCUUUGGGUAUCGGCGUUGGUGAUAGAGUCGGCGUUAUGGCAGGCAACUGUGCAGAAUAUGCGGCGAUUUUCUUUGCCGUGGCACGUAUCGGCGCAAUCUUGGUCAUUCUCAACAACACAUACACUCCAACAGAAGCACAAUAUGCUUUGAAGUUCUCAGACUGUAAAGUUUUCUUCACGACCAAGAAGAUCGGCCGGGUGGACAACACAAAACUCCUUUCGGAGUUGGCAACCCUGGAGCACAGCCCAAAUGUUGUGAUCAUCCGAGGCGAAUCAGGUUCAUAUCCAACCUACGGUGACCUCCUCAAGCAGGGGUUGAAAGUGAGCCACAACAGCUUGUACCGUCUGGGAAGAAAGGUCCUUGCCCACAAUGUCUGCAAUCUGCAGUUCACGAGUGGUACCACCGGCCUUCCAAAAGCUGCCAUGCUGACGCAUCACAACAUUGUGAACAAUUCCCGCUUCAUUGGUGAUCGGAUGCGUCUCACUCCAGACGACGUUCUAUGCUGCCCGCCACCACUAUUCCACUGUUUUGGUCUGGUGCUUGGACUGAUGGCUGUGCUUACCCAUGGAGCAAAAAUUGUCUUCCCUGAAGAGGUAUUUGACCCAAGCGCAGUGCUACGCGCAAUCUCGGAUGAGCACUGCACAGCUGUACAUGGAGUUCCGGCCAUGUUCGAUACCCUUUUCAACCUUCCUAUGCCUCCCAACUUCAACUGCGACAGAUUAAGGACAGGCAUCGUUGCAGGCGCUCCGGUUCCGAGGUACCUGAUGGAGCUCAUGGUGGAGCGUUUCGGCAUGACGGAAUUUACUAGCAGCUAUGGACUGACAGAGGCGUCGCCGACUUGCUUCAACGCUUUCACCGAUGAUGCAAUCGACAAGCGGCUAACGACCGUGGGAACGUUGAUGCCACACGCCCAUGCCAAGAUCGUAGAUCAUGAAGGCAACAUUGUUCCUGUCGGCACCCGUGGUGAGCUAUGCAUUGGUGGGUACCAGCUUCAAGCCGGCUACUGGAAUAACUCGGAGAAGACCGCUGAGGUUAUGAUCCGCGAUGAAGCGGGUGUUCUCUGGCUUCAUACGGGCGAUGAGGCUGUCUUUGACGAUCAGGGAUAUUGCACCAUCACAGGGCGUUUCAAGGAUAUCAUCAUUCGGGGCGGCGAGAAUAUCUACCCUCUUGAGAUUGAGGAACGUUUGAUGGCACAUCCAGCUAUCACUAAGGCCAUUGUCACAGGUCUCAAGGAUGCUCAUUACGGCGAGGUUGUCGGUGCUUUCUUACAGGGUGAUGGAAGCGGGGAACGCCCGACAGAGCAAGAGAUGAGGGACUGGUGUCGCCAGAAGUUGGGAAAGCAUAAGGCCCCUGCUCAUAUAUUCUGGCUUGGUGAAGCGGGUGUGCCAGCUGACGUGCCACUCACUGGCAGCGGGAAGGUCAAGAAGUACGAAAUGGCAAGAUUCGGAGAGGAAAUUCUGAGGAAAAGUCGUUUGGAGAAACUAUGA